AUGUCAUUCCUCAAUCUUCUCGCUGAGGCCAAAGGCAACGCCGCUCCCAUCAAAUUCAAGACCAUCCCCAAGCCUUCGACUGCUUCCAAACCCGUUUCUACUUCUACAAAGGUCGCAAGCAGUGCUUCUACUACAUCCAAGUCGCCAACAACAUCUAAGCCGAUCCCAAAGAAGCCUGCGAGUACCUCGACUGCGCCAAAGCCGUCAACGGCUCCUUCAUCGACAUCUAACCAGCCCGCAAAGACCCCCCUGUUGGCCCAUAGGCGCGAUACUACAAAGCCCGCGGUUGCCUCGACUGUCUCAAAUCAUACCGCCGAAGCCAAGCCUGACGCGACCGAUCGGAUUAUAUCUCGAGUAGCGAACCCCGUAGUCGAGCGGUCGCCGAUCAGAAAACAGCGCGCCGAUAUACCUCCACCCCGCCCACUAUAUUCAAGAAGGGGCAAUCGGGUUGAAAACAGGGCUACCUUGCGCCAUCCUCGCAAAGACCCGACUACUCCUCAAAAGAACAUGAACAAGAACAUCGCCAAAGCGUUGACGCCCCAAUCUAAGUUCAAAGCCCAAUCUGCUGCUCAAAAUCAGACUCGUACACAGCGACCAAGCCGGCGUCGAAAUUACAACCAAUACCCACCUCCGGCGCCUGUCAUGCCCAACCCGACGCGCUAUGAGUUCCUUAUGCCAUUUUCACGCAAGCCGGAGCGGAAGCCAAAACGCUGCUUGAUCAAGGCAGAGUACCAGACCAUGAGGUGUGUUGACCUCAUAGACGAGGCAAAGUUCCGUGGUCUUGAGCUAGACAGCCAGGUCCGAUCCUAUCUCGUAGACGUGCUUCUGAUCGAUGAUAUGGCCUACGCUGAGUUGAUGGAUAAACUCGGUAAUAAGCAGGAGGCGAUAGAGUAUGCUCAGGGUGAAGUCGCACACUACAACCAAGGGUUGAGGCGUAAGCGAGCUGUCGCAGAGGCUGCGAAAGAGCAAGCCAUGCGCGAGUGGAAUGAGAAGCAGCAGUGGUUCCGCGUCGAUGCUGAGCAGGUGGCCACUAAGGAGGUGGAAGAAGAGGUGGAAGAGAAGAAGCCCACCGUUGAGGCACAGGAGCAGGAGAAGAUUCAAGAGAGCCAGGAUCCCGGCUAUAGUUACGAGCAUGAAGCUCGACCCGCUACCAGUGGUAGCACUGCUGAAGAGCAACCCAAAGGCAACAAGCGUGCUCGUCCAAGUGACGACGACGACAACGAAGAGUCUAACCCCAAGAAGAAGGCCAGACAUUCUACUCCUCAGAACACCACCGAAGACAGUAAGCCUUUGGCUAAGGAUGACAAGCCUGUGAAGAAGACAAACCUCUCUCGUGUUGUCAAGGCCAAUGACCCACCAACUGCUCUUCCUCGAGCUAUACAAGCUCACAUCAGCAAGACGCCAUCCUUCAAAAAGGAGGAUAUCGAGAUGAAAAACUCGGAUGAAACCACAAUCGCUGAGCAUGCCAAGGGUGUAGCAGUGAAGAUCAAGCGAAAGAAGGCAUCUGCCCCAAAGCCUUUACAGCGUACUCAUUAUACUCACUCGGACACUGACGAUGAGGAAAUGAAAUAUGAAGGCCAUGAUGGCGAAGAAGAAGAGUCGGAAGAGGAUGAUUUCAUCGUGGAUGACCUGGCUUACAAGUCUAAGCGCAAGUCGAAGGUUUCAGCCAUGGCUAGAUCGAAUCUGUUCUCUGGGAUGAGGUAG